GAGAGCCUCGGGAGACCCUCCAGCAGUCCAGGUGCUGCAAGCGCCUGUCUCUGAGCACGCACGGUACCCGGCAGGGCUCUUCCGAUCUAGUUCUCAACCGGCCUCUGAGGCAGACGCGGUUACUGCUUCCACUUCGCCACGGGGGAAACUGAGGCUCCGGGAGGUCGAGUCCCUGGCCCCACACCACGCAGCGAGAAGACUGCAGGCGGCUCUGACGGUUCCGGCCUCCGCAGGGUCUCGGGCAGCCAGCCCCAAGCACUGUGUCGCGUGCGCGCCGGGGCGCGCGCCUGCUUCGAGCGCGUGCGCGCCCGGAGACCAGCCCCGGGCCAGGAGCGCGGGCCGCGGCAGGCGAGGGGCGUGGCCUGGUCGGGACCCGCCUCGCCCCGCCCACCCGGCCCCGCCCGCUGGGCUGCAGGGGAGGCGGCGGGGCUGCGCGCGGGGACUCGGCGGGUGGCGCGGAGCGCGGAGCCGGAGCCGGACGCUGCUGCUGCCGCCGCCGCCGCCACCACCUGCGCGGCAGUCAGCAAGAUGUCAUGGCACCCCCAGUACCGGAGCUCCAAGUUCCGCCACGUCUUUGGCAAACCCGCCAGCAAGGAGAACUGCUACGACUCGGUGCCCAUCACCCGCAGCGUCCACGACAACCACUUCUGUGCCGUGAACCCCCACUUCAUCGCCGUUGUCACUGAGUGUGCGGGCGGGGGGGCCUUCCUCGUCAUCCCCCUACACCAGACAGGAAAGUUGGACCCCCACUACCCAAAGGUCUGUGGGCACCGAGGGAACGUCUUAGACAUCAAGUGGAACCCUUUUGAUGACUUUGAGAUCGCCUCCUGUUCUGAAGACACCACGAUUAAGAUCUGGGACAUCCCUAAGCAGCUGCUGGCCAGGAACCUCACAGCCUACAAGAAGGAGCUGGUGGGCCACUCACGCAGGGUGGGCCUGGUGGAGUGGCACCCCACGGCCGCCAACAUCCUCUUCAGCUCUGGCUACGACUACAAGGUGAUGGUCUGGAACCUGGAUACAAAGGAGUCUGUAAUCGUCAGCCCCGUGAGGACGAUCACCUGCCACCAAGAUGUGAUCCUCUCCAUGUCCUUCAACACCAAUGGCAGCCUGCUAGCCACGGCCUGCAAAGACCGCAAGAUUCGGAUUCUUGACCCCCGACUGGGAACUAUCCUCCAGGAAGCCAGCUACAAGGGGCAUCGGGCCAACAAGGUGCUGUUUCUGGGGAACCUGAACAAGCUGCUGUCCACCGGCACAUCCAGGUGGAACAACCGGCAGAUGGCCCUGUGGGACCAGGAUAACCUCUCCGUGCCUCUCACAGAGGAGGACCUGGACGGCUCCUCAGGCGUGCUGUUUCCCUUCUAUGACGUGGACACCAACAUGCUCUACGUGGUGGGGAAGGGAGACGGCAACAUCCGCUACUAUGAGGUGAGCGCCGAGAAGCCUCACCUGAACUACCUGACGGAGUACCGCUCCUACAACCCGCAGAAGGGCAUUGGUGCCAUGCCAAAGAGAGGUCUCGACGUGUCCUCCUGCGAGAUCUUCCGCUUCUACAAGCUGAUCACAACCAAAAGCCUCAUCGAGCCCAUAUCCAUGAUUGUACCCCGGCGGUCGGAAUCCUACCAAGAGGACAUCUACCCGCCCACAGCGGGGGCCCAGCCCUCGCUGACUGCCCGGGAGUGGCUCAGCGGGAUGAACAGAGAGCCAAUCCUGGUGUCCCUGAGGCCUGGCUCCCAGCUGCUGAGCCCCCAGCCACAACCUCCAGAGAAACCCCCCCCCACCUCCAUGGCCCGUACCUCACCCCUGCUCUUGGACCAACCGGCGAAGCGGUCUGCCGAAGAUGGCCAGAGGCCCUUCCCCCAGCUGGAGGGGAAGGCACCGCGGUGGGCUGCAGAACACAGGCCCGAGGAGAAGAAGUCUUGGCUCACAAACGGCUUUGACAUUUUCGAAUGCCCCCCACCAAAGACAGAGAAUGAGCUGCUGCAGAUGUUCUAUCGGCAACAGGAGGAGAUCCGAAGGCUCCGGGAGCUGGUGACCCAGCGGGAAGUCCAAGCCAAACAGUUGGAACUGGAGAUCAAAAACUUGCGGAUGGGCUCCGAGUAGUUCUGAGCAGAGGCCUCUGCCAUCCCCGCCCUCAGGGAUGCCACUUGGCUCUGUGGGGAGGUCCAGAACCAAACCACAAGUCCCCCAAGAACAACCACUAUUUCUAUAUUUUUUACCAGAAAACAAAACUUCUCAGUCACUGAAGGAGAUUCCAGUGGGACGUGGUGCCGUUUCCUAAUUUGUCUUGCAGCAGUGGCGUCUGCCUUGACUGUUCUUAGAUGACGUCUUCUGUUGAAGUCUGUUUCUGAGGUCCACACGGAGCUGUAAGCUCCCGAGGGGAAGGAACGCUGUAGGCAGUUAGAGCCGGCAGAAGCUGGGAGGCCAGGCUGCCCUGAUCUUCACGCUGUGGUCUGUAGCACGGGGGAGGCUGAGGCAGGAGGGCAGUGUCCACUCACCCCAUUCCAACAGACAGCCCCUUCUGUUUCCUUGUCAUAUGUAAUUCUGCUACUCAAAAACAAAGUUUUAGAAGUUUGAAAACCAGUGACCUGGCCCAACUCAAUCAAGCUGAGAGAGAGGCAGGUGAGCCUGAGCUGAGCUCCCUGGUCUCCUGGCCUCCUGGGUCUAUCUUUCUGCUGUUUCUGGUCCCCAGGGCAGGAAUAUGUCGGGUCUGGCCUCAACUGGGCCUUUACUGACUUACUGACCUCUUGCAAAGUCCUUCUUUCUCUUUUUCUCCAACUGGAGAAGGGGGACCCUGGAAUGAGCGCCUCUUCACAGGAUCUGUCACCAGAGACCUUGACCUGAGGAAAACCAUGUGUGGGGCAAUGACCUGAAUUUGCUGCAGAAACUCACACUGACAAAGGGGUCAAGUUUAAGGUCAGGGAAAUGAGUCACGAUUUAGCCCAAUUCUAGAACACAGACAGGCAGUUGAAACCUUCCUUUCCAGCCUGAAUCAGCUGGAUGUGAGUAGAUACUGGCCCAGACGUGGGGAUGCAGACCUUGGAGCUGUGUCCUUGACUGCUGACUACACAGCGCCUCCUGCAGGAGAAUGUAGGCAAAAGAGCCCCCGCUCCCCAGGAAGUAGUGGGUCCCCAACACUGAGUACCAGCAGAGCCCUGUGGCCAUCCACCCACGAGAGCUUCCAAAGAGGGAUGAAUACACCAGGUGAGAAAGAAGGACCAGGUGACCCUGAGGUUCCCUUCUGCCCCCAAAGUUUUCUGCAUUCCUCCUUUGUGAAUCUGUGUCCAGCAGCCAAGUCAGACUGGGGAAGAUGAAAAGUAAAAUCCAUUCCUCCUUAUCCAAGAGGAAUGGACAAUAAGUUUUCACCGUCACACCGGGUGACUCGAGCUCAGAUGGGGACAGCAGGAGCUACCUAGCCUGAUAGGCAGCACUGUACAUUAGAAUCCCCUUGGGAGCUCUCAGGAAAUACAGAUGCUCAGGCCUCACCCUGGACCCACGGAAGCUGACUUGAGGCCUGGCCCUCUGUAUAAGCUGCCCAGGUGGUUCUGCAACUCGUCAAGGGUGGAGACCUGCCCCCAUUAGUCCGUCAGUACCUAUUUGCAGUAAGUGAGACUAGCGAGUGCCAGACUGGAGCCUGGGAAUCAGCGCUCUAACUGUAGUCCCAUCUGCCCCCGACCACCUGCUAGCUACAGCUGAGGUCCCCUGUCAGCACACACCAGAGUUCCACAUUCCUUGUCUUGUUCUCUAUUUCCUCAGUCACUGAGACUCACUCCCAGCCAAAGCAACAGCCAAGCUUGCCUUACUGUGCCGCAGAGCAAAAGCCAAGUCCCAGGCAUGGUCAGAAAAGUAGAGUCCCAGGAUAGAGUUACCAUGUGCCCUUCAUGUGUGGCCACUUCACAGUUUACACAGCCCCUUGUCCACUCACUGGCACAUACUACUGGAACACAGGUCAGGCGAAUAUUAUAAUCCCCAUGUCCAGAAGGGACGACCUAGCCUCAGAGAAGUGAAACCUUAUGUCCGAGGUCAUUGGCUGCCAAGCUGGUGGGGGCAUGUGUGUGUGUGGGGGGGUGUUCAGGGAGCUUCUGAACAUGACUGCCAGGUGCCAUCCCUUCCCAAACUCUUCCCACCCCCGAGGGACCCAGACCACCCACCCAAAAAGAGGACACAGGCAGCUUUGAACAAACUUGUUUUCUCUCUUUUUUUUUUUUUUUUUUUUUUUAACAUCUAGACUAAAUUAUUUAAAUUAUUUCACAGCAAGGGAGAGGGAUAGGUAAUUUUUAUCAGAUAUUUUUUAAAACCACCUUUUUUUAAAAACUACAUUUUUAUGUUCUUGAGCUGAUGGAGCAGAACAUGCCCAGCACUGGACAUGUCCUGCACUCAGACACUCUCCUUACUGCGGACCCCGGGAGCCCCCUUUCUGUUGACUCAGGAACUUUCCGAGGGUGAGGACAGUACUUGGAGAUAAAGUUCGGCUGGUGUCCAUCUUAGCUCUACAAUAAUUGUGCUUCCUGGAACAAAAGUCCAGUGGGUCAUAGAGGAAACAGGAAGUCAGAAAUCAAUCUAUGCUUUUAAUAUGAAACCGUGCCUGAAACAGUUUGAAUGAUUGUUUUAAUGUUUCUCAAAUUCCUUGUACCUUUGUAAUAAAAAAAAAAAAAGAAUAAAGAAAUAAAAGCGAAAAGAGAUGGAAUUGUGCAAA